CUGGAGAUUUACAUUCUAUUUCACCUCAUUCUUCUCUGGGCUGGCUCUCCUGUAUGAUAAGUCCUGGUUUUGGGACCACACCGUGUGCUGGCUAAGAUUUCCACAACAGCCUCUCCUGCCCACAUUGGGCUGGUUCUACCUGCUGGAGCUCUCCUUCUACUGCUCACUGGUGGCUACCCUGCCCUUCGAUGUGAAGAGGAAGGACUUUAAGGAACAGAUCAUCCACCACAUCGCCACCAUCACUCUGAUCUCUGUCUCCUAUUGUGCCAAUCUUAUACGGUUUGGGAUGAUAGUCAUGCUAGUCCAUGAUGUCUCCGAUUAUAUUUUAGAGCUUGCCAAGAUGCUCCAUUACAUGAAAUGGAAGUGGGUCUGUGAAGCAGUCUUUACUGUUUUCGCUGUGGUUUUCAUCAUCUCCCGGCUUGUCAUUUUCCCGUUAAUCACAUACUAUUACUUUGUGACAAAAUUUCCAUUAUUCCUCGUAAGCUGCCUGAUAAACACUUUCCUGAUGAUCCUGCAGUUGUUACAUAUUUUCUGGUCCUAUCUAAUCAUCCAGAUGGUCGUCAGUGUCAUCCUCCAUGGUGCGAAAAGAAAAGAUGCCAGAAGUGACACUGAGGAAAGUGACAAGAGUGAAGCAGAGGAUCUGGCAAAGAAUGAAGAGUAA